UUCAUCAGAGUUUAGUGCUACACUGUUGCUCAGAAAGAUGGAUGAAAAUGGGAGCACAGAAUUUCUUGAUCUUGAAACCCAUUUGCUUUCAAAGUCCCUACUGAGGGAUUUGAAGAUUAAAUUGAUCAAUGGAGAGAAAUGGGAGGAAGUGAUUACAGAGGUAAAGAAGCAGAUGGGGUUGGCAGGUCCUAUGGUUUUGGUCAGUUUUCUGCAAUAUAGUUUGCAGCUGAUAUCAAUAAUGUUCAUUGGUCAUCUUGGAGAGCUUCAACUCUCUGGUGCUUCAAUGGCUCUCUCUUUUGCUGGAGUUACUGGCUUUAGUCUCUUGUUGGGAAUGGGCAGUGCAUUAGAGACAUUAUGUGGACAAGCAUAUGGAGGAAAACAAUAUGAAAUGCUUGGGAUUCAUAUGCAAAGAGCCAUGGUUGUUCUUUCACUUAUCUGUAUUCCCAUAGCCCUUUUGUGGGCUUCCAUUGAACAAAUCUUGACCAUUCUUAAACAGGAUCCUCUGAUCUCAGAGCAAGCUGGGAUUUAUGGCAAAUGGCUAAUCCCCAGCAUUAUUCCCUAUGGUCUUCUUCAGUGUCAAUUUAGAUUCUUACAGACUCAACAUCUCACUUCUCCAUUGUUGCUUUCCACUGCAGUUUCAAGUUUCAUUCAUCUUUUGAUUUGUUGGGGUUUGGUUUUUGGUUUUGAAUUUGGCAUUAAAGGAGCUGCUUUCUCAACUGCCAUUACUUAUUGGAUCAAUGUCUUCAUUUUGGCUUUCUAUAUCAACUUAUCUCCUCAUUGCCAAAAGACUUGGACUGGAUUUUCCAUUCAUGGAUUCAAGAAUUUGAUUGCCUUCUUGGCUUUGGCUGUCCCUUCUUCUCUCAUGGUUUGCUUGGAGUUCUGGUCGUAUGAGUUUUUAGUUCUCAUGUCGGGGCUUCUUCCCAAUCCUGAGCUAGAAACAUCGAUGCUAUCAAUCAGCCUUAGCACAAGUUCGCUGGUUUUUAGAAUCGCUUAUGGUCUCGGCAGUGCUGUGAGCACAAGAGUAUCAAAUGAGUUAGGGGCAGGAAGGGCAUUGGCAGCUGAGUUAGCAGUAAAGGUAGUGGUGGUUUUGGGGUUAGCAGAAGGAAUUGCAAUAGGAGUUGUACUAAUUUCAGUAAGAAACAUAUGGGGUUUGGUGUUCACAAAUGAGGUACAAGUUGUUAAUUACUUGAGUGCAAUCAUGCCAAUACUCGCCAUCUCCAACUUCAUGGACGCCAUCCAAGGCGUCCUCUCAGGGACAGCCAGAGGAUGUGGAUGGCAGAAGAUUGGAGCAUUGGUCAAUCUUGGAGCUUAUUACUUACUUGGGUUGCCUUGUGCCAUUACCUUCACUUUUUUGCUUCAUUUUGGUGGCAAGGGACUGUGGAUGGGAAUCACAUGUGGAAGUUGUCUACAAUCCAUACUGCUUUUGCUCAUUACUUUUAAUACAAACUGGGAGGACCAGGCAAGCAAAGCAAAGCAAAGAAUGAUGUAUGGUUCAAGUCUUCCUACAAGUACAACAACCCUUUUACAAUAAACUAAUAAAUAAAUAAAUAAAUAAUUCUUGCAACCAUGGAGAAAAUCCCCCCA